AUGCCAUCGAUAGUAAAAUUAUCUUUUGAAAAUCAAGAUAUUUUGAAUUAUGUUACUGGUCAAUGUUAUAUAAAACCAUCAGGAUCAUUUAAAAUUGAAGUUUCUGGAGGAUCAAUUGUUAGAUCACUUUAUGCAAAUGAUUAUUGUUCAGGUGCACCUGAAAUAACUAAAUCUGUUGCCAAAGAUGUUUGUGAUGAUGGUAAUUUGGAAGCACCAACCUAUAUCCGUUACGUCUCUGCACCAGUCUAUCCAACUCCAGGUUUCAACUAUUACGAACAUUAUAUUUCCAAUUGUAAUGCCGAUGAACCAAACUCUGCUAGAGUAUUGGUAGCUGAUAACUUGUUCUUAAAUUGUGUUUCAAAUGAUGAAUUAACAGCUGGAUUAUAUGUUUCAGCAGCAACAGAUAGCCAAUUAGAAAUGAAUAUUUAUAGUCCUGCAGGAUGUAGUAUGGGAGGAACGAUGGUUUAUACAAAGGCAUGUCAAUUGAAUGCUGGUGGAGUGACUAGAGCUCAAAGAGUCACGGCCAUCUUUUCAUUGACCCCCAGUUAUUAUGUCAGCGGAUCACAAAUUAUUGUUACCUCUGUCACUUCCAAUUAUCCAAACUCUCCAUCAAGAUACAACUUUUUCUAUUAUAAUGGUGGUUGGCAGUUGGUUUGUCAAGCAGCUCUUACCUGUACUAUCUCUGGUAUCCCUCAAUCAACCGGUCUAAGAGUUGAAUUGUUUGGUCAACCUGUGAUUGGAGGUAUCCCAUCUUGGGAGACUGCAACCAACCAAAUCAACUUACCAGCUACGAUGAAUUCAUUGUCACUUAUUAGUUAUACCACCAAACAGGCAACCAUUUCCUAUUCUGGAACCUAUGUUUCAAAUUAUGUAUUUUCUCUCAAUGGAGGAGCUCAUUCUGGGUGCCCAUCACAGACAACCUGUGUUAUUUCCGGUUCGCCAGGUCAGAGAUUGGAUAUUGGUGUUGCUGCUCAAAAUGCUGCCGGUGUAUCUGCCUAUCAGUACACAUCUGUCACUCUGUAUCAGUCAGUCUCUAUUCCAACCAUCACCUCUAUCUCAUCUACUACAAACUCUGUAUCACUGUCUUGGAGUGCUUCUCUGUAUGGUGUGCCUGGUUUGACAACCUAUACCGUUAAAUUUAAUGGUAUCACAUUUACACCAUGUCAAUCGAUAACGUCGUUGUCUUGUACUGUUACGGGACUGGCUAUUGGUACAUCCUAUACCAUGACUGUCACUGCUACCAAUGAUGGGACAAGUGUAAACGGUCCCGGCACACCCAUCUCUACAUUUGCUGCGCUGUCUGAUCCAUCCAUCACUGCAUCUACCACAAAGACCAAGUCUAUUACUGUAACAUAUGCUCCAAAUGGUGGUGACUCUUCAAAAGGGUAUACAUGGGUAGUAUUGAGAAAUGGUCAACAAGUAUACUCUGGUAGUAAUACUCAGACUGUUGUUACUGGUCUGUCUCCCAACACUGCCUAUACUAUCCGUGUCCAAUGUACCAAUGACGGAACAACCAAGUUUGUUGAAACCUCUCUCACAACAGUCCUAUCCAUCCACACUCCAUCCAUUACACUGUCCAAUGUUUUAACCAAAACAAUGCUUGCUACAUUUGGAGUUGGAGGUGGAGGUGUUGUAGGUGAUACUCGUUAUACUGUCACUCUUAAUGGUAGUCCAACAACUUGUACUAGCCAAACUACCACAACAUGUAGUUUGACAGGACUAACACCCAACACUCUCUACACUGUAUCUGUAUCCAUUUCAAAUGAUGGUGAUAGUUUAUCCAAGGAUGCUCAAGCAACUACUGUAAAGGCUGUAAACACACCAACUCUUGCUCUAUCGUCGAUCACUACCAAAUCAAUGAUAGCCACGUAUGGAUCAAGUGAUGGUGUUGUUGGAUCAACAAGAUACACUGUCUCUAUAAACGGAACCAAUCAAGUUGGAUGUAUAAAUGUUGCAACAACUACAUGUACACUCAUCAACUUGGUACAUAAUACCUAUUAUUUGGUUAGAGUGACAGUUACCAAUAAUGGAGAUACAAUCCUAUCUGAAAAGGUUCAACCUACUUGGAAAGAUGUUUCCCAACCAUUGGUACAAAUUACUCAAGUUAAAUCUGGUGUAUUGAUUGAAUACAGUUCAACCGAUGGUAUUCCAAAUCAAACAGUCUAUCAGGUUUAUGUCAACAAUGCAUUACAAGAAAGUUGUCCUACCACCACCGCUGCCUCUUGUUUAUAUUCAACCUUUUCUCCAGGUGAUAGUUUGAAUAUCAGAGUUGUAGCAACCAAUGAUGAUGACACUCAAACAACCACAUCAACCUUUUAUACCUAUACCUACCCAAGUCAAGUUCAAAUUGCCAACAAUACAUUGGUCAAUGAUAUAUCGAUCAACUGGACUUCUAGUACUGGUGGAUUCCCAAAGGCUAGUUCUUACUCUGCAUUUAUUUCAUUUGACGGUGUCCAUUUUAUUUUGGAUACUCCAAAUUGUCAAAACAUUACUGUUGAUCCUAUGGAAUGUCAUUUUAGUGGAUUGGUAUCUGAUACCAACUACUUUAUCAGAGUAUCUGUUAUUAAUACAGACUUUGAAUGGGUCAAUACAACCAUUGAAACUCGUACUCUUAGAGACACACCAAAAAGUUUUAUUUGUCAAUCGGCUAGUGACUGUAGUAACAAUGGUGAAUGUUUGCAAGGGUCAUGUGAAUGCAAUGCUGGAUGGAAUGGAUUGAUUUGUAAUGCUCCAAAACCAACUGACCAACAAGAUGUCAUUGUUAAACCAGUUCAAGAUAAACCACUAUUAGAGGUUACCAUUAAUGGUGUAUCUUAUGAAUUCUCACUUGUCACUAUCACUGAAAAGACAAUGGACGAUGAAUCUGCAUUUAUCAUGUCAUUGGCCAAUGAAACUUGGGCACUGGAUUCAUCACAAACCAACAUAACCGUAAAUCAUCCAAUUGAUCAAUCACAACUCAUCAAGAAUCAGUGGACCUAUUCACUUUUAAAUACAUCAGAUGAUUAUUCCAUUUCAAUUGUAUUUAUACUUUAUGAAAAGAAACAUGACAAUGUUGAUGGAUCAAUGACCAAUAGUACAUUGGAUACAUAUCCAUAUGAAUUUGCAGGUGAUACAUUCAAUGUUAAAUAUGGGUCAUUAAAGUAUAGUCUAAAGAUAAAGAAAUGGAAUUUUAAAUCAGUUUUAAAUACAUUGGAGAUUUCAACUACUCUAUCUACUCCAAAAGAUAAUUGUGGUAAUACUAAAUCUGCUGCUGGUGGACAACUUCCAACUAUCACCAAUACCAAUGAAAAGACAACACUCAUUACACUUGGUAAUGAAAAAGAAGAACAUCAUGUAUUUGGUAAACUGAUUAAUCGUGCUCUUUUAGAUUCUAUCCCUAAAAAGAUAUAUUAUAAAACUGUAGAGCCGACUGAUCCUUCCUCGUCAUCAUCUGACCAUUACUCUCUAUUGACAUUGGUACCAUACUUUUCUAAAGAUGCAGAUUUAGAUCCAGACUUUUCACUGUUGCUACAAACCAAUAUGGACGGUACUGUCAACCUCAACGAUUGUAGUGGCAGUAAUGCAAAGAACCUUGGGCUUAUAGUUGGGCUGUCGGUCGGUCUAAUCAGUGCGGCUGGUAUUGGAAUUGGAUCAACCAUCUAUUUCAAAAAAUUAAAAUUACAACGUCAACUAAUAGCUAAAUUAAAUGCUAAAUUAUCAAGAACAACUACACCUGCCUAA